AUGAGUACCUUUGAUCAGAACUACUUCAAUAGCCAGCAGCAGGCAAUGUCUGCACCGUACUUCAGCGCUGCUGCUGCUGGCACCGAAGAUCAUCUGACCAACAGCGCCGUGAACGAAGCAGGGCCCAGCAUGGGCAAAAGCACAAAGUCUGGGACGAAACAAUCAAAAAAGCACAGACCGCUCUCUGAGCUCAAUGAGGAAGAGAAACGAAAGAGGGGCGAAAGUAACAGAAAGAGUCAACGAAAAUUGAGGAAAAACGAAAAAGACAAGAUCGCCGACCUCGAAUCUCGCGUACAGGCCGCUCAAACGAGUCUCGAUGACACUCAGUAUGAACAGGCAGCAUUGCGUAAUGCGUUGUCAGAUGCUCAAUUUGAGAACGAACUGUUGAGGAUGGACCAAAUCAAUGAGGAUGCUCUCUGGGACUUUGAGCCGCAUGACCAGGAACAGAGCCAGUAUUGA